AUGGAUUCGACGGAGUCCCCUGAAUGGAUGUAUGAAGAGGGCGAUGCAUUGGCGGAAGGGACAAUAAAAACAACAAGCAGCCGCAAAUCUUCUGCAAAUCCAGCAGAACCUAUCAAGAAGACUAGACUGUUCAGCCUGGCAGAUUCACCCAAGCCAACCGCGGCAACUGUGGUGGCUGGAAGCGGGUCAACACAGCUCAAUCUUACUACCUCCGCUUUCCAUUCAUCUCAGAACCUCGACAUCUUGGAACCUUUCUUCGAAUCUGAUUAUCCCUCACAAAGAUUUCGACCCGAGGCAUACGAAGAAGAGGACUCAGCAGAACCAUACUACUCUCCUCCAUCAACAUUCAUACCACUGGCAUCUCCAAAUGAUAUGAAAGUCCAAGAUCAAACCUCUUCGUCGUUAUUGUCGUCAGUGGCCCAGACGAUGACUCCUUCAUCAAAUCAACAGUACCAGGGACAAAAGCUGGCACCCACUCCUGUGUCAGACCAACAGUACACAGGAGUAUCUCUGGACCCAAAGCAACGCGGUAGUCUCACUUCCCACGGAGCGUUCAUGCCCUCUUCAGCCCCCCCUCGCGAGAAUCACAAUCGAGGAGAUAUCCAAGCCGCAGAAUUUCUCACAACUCUACGCAGUGCUCAAGGGUCAUCAACUCUAGGUCAUUAUCACAAGGGUCCUUCAUUCAGCACGAUGGCCCAUAACAUAUCGACGCAUGCUGGGACCAAUGACAGUCCGUUCAGUUCCGAGGCUGAGAUUCAUCCAAGCUCAGGAGUUCCUUUGAAUCAAUCUGACAAGACCAUGCCCACCACGACACUACCCCAAAAUGCCAACUUCCCUCAGCUUGCAGAACACCAAGGAAUCCAUGAUUGGAACAGUAGUGUUUUCGACGACCGCUGGCUCUUGCAGCCCGAGGAGAUAUGGAACUUAGAGGCUCGGCGUGAGUCCAUCAUCACCGUAUCCCCUGAGAGGCAAUCUUUGAACCAUGAAAUCUCUCACGCUGUUGAUCAAAUGGGCUCGCGUAUAGAGGGAUCUCGGCGCUCGUCAACCCAGAACGCGCAUAUGCAACGCCUCGUUCGUGAAGCGGGAGAUAAGAAUGAGCAGCUUCGUGGCCGUCAGGUGUCGACUGCGCCUACUGAAACACGUUUGUGUGAGAAUAGUGAUACGCUCGCUGCUGGUCGGAAGGGCAACCAUACCAAUCAGCUAGUACCAACACCGCCUGAGCUUGACAGACUUCGAGAAUGCGUCCACGAAUUGGAAGCAGGAAGUGGUGAUCUACCUUCAGGGCUCCAAUCUCGUCCCGACGUCAUCCGCAGCUUUUUCUACGAGCGCAUUUUUGGGCCAAUCGGACCUCCGAAUCCACUUAGUGCAAGUGAGGCACAGAACGUGACCGAAGUAGGCGGACGUUUCAUUAGCCUUGGAGCGCUGCGCGAGCAAAUCGUGAGAGAUAUCGAAGACCUGGUUCAGUUUAUGCUCUCACCGGUAGGAGAAGGGAUCCGCUCCGACACAAGUGGUCGUACCCCAACGACUACCAACAAGCUGGCUUUCAGCGACCAGCCCGCUGCUGUCGAGAGCCGCAAGUCCAAUAACUCGCAGCUUCAAUCAUUGGGAGGAGAUUCUUCUACAAUCGAUGUGCCUAUGGACCAGCGUCGUAAUGCCAACCUACCAACUACCAUCGGAGAUGGAGUCCAGCGAAAGACUCAGGCUCUUUUUCCUCGCAGCGUCGGCCAGACUCGUCCUCAAUUGCAUGAUCCUAUCACAGCUUCUAACCCACACAAUAUGGGGCAGCAAGGCGCAGCUGGAUUUGGCCAAGGUGGCAUUAUGUCAUCAGUUCCUCCCCACGGUAGUUACACUGAAGUUGGAAAUGGGCCAACCGGAGCGUUGACUUUCGCUUAUGGUGGACCUCCACAGCACCAGUUCGGCGGGUAUCCCGGCGCUUUUCUUGUUGGACCUAGUGGACAUCCUAGUCAAAUGCAGUACCCGCAGGCCUUUGGCUACCAACAGUCCUCUUACGUUGCUCCUCAGCCCAUGGCGUAUGGCAAUUUCUGGCCGCAGCCCUAUGGACAGCCUACUUCCGCUUAUCCAAUGUACGGCCAGCAGCCUACGAUUGGUCGUCCAGAAUACCUACCUCCUCCGCUGCCGAACGAUCGUUCCUACGCACGUCCGCCUGCGACGAAUCGUAUCGCUCCUCUCUACGCUCAGACCACUGCCUUUCAAACACCUGCGAUAGCUCAAGCUCGUCAGCUUCCUGGAGCCUUCCAUCAGAUUUCGGAGUGGCAGAAUCGAUUCGGCCCUCAGCUAACCGUGAAGCCAGACCUGCCUUCCUUACCCUAUCGUGCUGGAUCAGAUGCUAUGUUCCCACACACCUUUGGGGGAGCCAGCGUUCGCUUUCAGAACCUUACUCGCGACGUUCCUCCUAGCCUUGACACAGUGUCCGCCGAAGAGAACGUACCCUUUAUCGAGACAGCCAGAUCAACAAAGCCGGCUGAAUGGGGUGUGCUGAAGGUUGGAAACAUUCCCUAUGACCUCACCAAGGCCCAAGUCAUGGCAUUCCUGGGACCUCAUGCUAAGGUCAUCACCUCAGACGUCGGUCCAGCCAUCCACAUCAUCAUGGAUCGCCCCACAGGCAAGACGAUGGAUUGCUAUGUCGAGUUUUUUUCCACGCCGGAUGCUCGCGCUGCCUCCAAUUCCCUCAACCUUCGUCCUAGGCACAUGGUCCGCGUCAAUGACCGUGUUGUGGAUGUGGCCACGAGUAGUCAGGCUGAAUUGCUCAAGGAGCUUUUCCCCAAGGCGAAGAAUGUGAACUGGGAGGGAGGGAUGCCCACGAUCCAAGAGGCAAAGGAACUGUACAACACAGGGUUUAAGACCUUUGUCAGUGCGGAGGAGAUGGGUUUGCUGGUCCGGCAUGCUGAGCAGCCGCAUCGCUCAAACUUCACUCAGCGAUCUCCGCAACGUACUUAUGAAGCAAUGAUCUCGCUCCUUGCCAAGUUCCCUUGGUAUGCGACAAAACACUACACCUUGGCUACCCGCAACCAGAUUUUCGCCGCCACUCGCUCGAUGUUACACAUUCUGUCCAUCAACCUGAGCAAGAGCUACAAAUCUUCUGCCGGAGGCUUUGAUGAUCAUAGUCCUGCCAGUUCCUAUGGUUCUCCAAUGAAGAGGGGCGGUUCCAAGUUCACAGGAUCCCCCCAUAUCACAGAAGACCUGUUAAGAGAUCUCUUGUCGGCCGCAUUGAAUGCUGCAGGCUUUUCAGAGAAACAGCGCUGGGAGCUUUCCGAAGCGACUGAUUAUGCGCGUCACCACUUCCGUAUUAGCCCACUAAGUCAAUGGUGGCCGUUCGAAGUCCUUGGCCGUAAGCCACACAUGGAUGAAGAUGUUGUUGAGUUCUAUGCGGACGUCAUCGCCAACAAUCCAGUCACUCGACCCAACAUGGGACCCUUCGGAAGAAUCGCACAUGUCACGGAGCAUAUCGACCUUGAGGCCAAUACCAUGGACGCAAUCGGAGACUUGGAGUGGAAGCUUCUCUAUGCCCUUAUCCCAGGUGGACUUACUGGUGAACUAGGGGACGACCUGCAAGAUGCGAUGGGAGGCCGGUUGUGA